AUGAAGAAAGGCUUAGCCCCCGUACCGCCCAGCGCGCCGCGGUGCAGCGACGGUUACGAGUCCCCCUCCGGCAUCCAAGUCCGCUACACCAAAGACUGGGUGAAGCAGCACCCGCUGGAGGAUGACGGACUUUGUGCACAGCUGUACAACUACCUCUACAAGAACGUCAAGGGUCGGGAGCAUUCCAUGUCCACCGUCCUCCUCCCAGAGACCGUUGUCUUUGACCACAACUUUCCCCGUGCCUGGUACGCCUACGACAUGAAAAAUAAGGAAAUCAUCAAGCGGCCCAGUUCCAUGCUCGAUGCACAAACCAUGUACGACAAGUUUGCCGAGAACGUCAGCGGCUGCGACGUUGUAGCGCAGUUCUUCUACAACACGGUGAAUACGGCUGAGGAGUGGAAGUCGGUUUUGACGCACAAGCAGCGGAGGACGAACCGGUACGCCGACCAGCAGCUCACCUACGUCGAGUUUCUCACCGCGGAGUCGCUGCGCCACUUUCUGUUCGACCAGAAGCGCAAGCCAGACGGGGUGCUGCAGAAGUUUGUCGUACCCAAAGGCGAGGGCUCCAGCCGCUACAACUUCCAGCUGCAGGUGAUCUGGACACCGUUCAUCACUACCGUGUACCGACGCACAAAUCGCUGCCGCCUGACCGAUCGCGUCGUGCCGCUCGCCAAGCGCGCUGCAACCUUUGACGGCGCCGCGUACCUGAGUGAGGAAACGCUGGUGGCGGAUGAAACAAAGCAUCAGGUCACCACCCUGUGCGAGAGCAUUGCCGAUCACAUCUACGCAACAGAGAAGAAGCGGCUGUCGCGGCUUGUUCUGUACGUCAAGACGGACGAUGAAAACCGAAUGUGGAUGCUCUGGAGUAGCUGCGUGCGGGUCGCGCCGGAUGCCUUGAACCCCACGAGGUUGCGGGUGCCGAUGUGUUUGAACAUGCGCACGGAAGUGGUGAACGAUGGUGGCAGCAGCCUGAUGCGUCUGCAGACACGCCGCAGCCGCCAGCGACAACUCCUCGCACUCGACGCGGAGUUGUUUGACAUCUCACGCGACUUCGAGUUCGCCCUCGUGCUGAAGGCGUCGCACCAGCGGCAGGCGGAGGCACUCGGCCUGCACGCCCACGAGAACCAGCGGGCGCCAACUCGGUGGCAGGGUGGGCAGCAGGUGCCGGUGUCCGCCGACCACCCGCUCUACCCGUCUUUUCUCGCGCUGGAAGUCGGUGGGCCCACCGCAGCGGCCGGCUUCACGGACGGCGAGCGCGAGGCCGUACUGAAGGCACACCAUUCAUCCUUGGGCACCCGCGACGGUGCCGACGUGGACGCGGCAGACGCGGAGCCGCCAGCCGAUCCGAUUCAGCAAGUACUAGAGGAGCUCGUCGCGCUGGCCAUGGACGCGUGGUACGCCAUGUACUCCACCAUGCUCUCCGAGGACCCGAGCGUGAUGCCGACGGCGCAGAUCGAGCUCGCGGCGCCGCUGGUGGACUCGCUGUCAGAGGAGGAAGUGCAGGGUCUGGUCGAGGUGUUGGGUCUGCUGCCGGUCGGUACAGGCGAUGCGGCAGGGGCGGACACCCGCCCGCCAUCGCGGUACCGUGUGGCGCCGUACCUGGUCACGUCUGGGCGUCGCCUGGACCGGCCCUCCGCCGAGGUGGAGCUGGACGUGGUGUCGUACCUCGAAGACGUUUUCAGCCAGCGGGGGGAGGAGAUCGCUCGCCGAUGCAUGGAGAAGUACAGUAGUUAUUUUGAAUGA